UCGCAUAAAAAUUGGCGAAAAAUUGCAUUUUGUUCCUUCUCAAAUCCUCAUAUAUUUGGUAACCAACAAGUAUUAUUAUCGAAUAUUUCAAUGCGUUUAAUGAAUAUGGGACUCAACGAAAUGGUACAUUGGUAUCAAAAAAAGAUUGGUACAUAUGAUAAACAACAGUGGGAAAGAACCAUAGAACAAUAUAUUCUCGAUGGACUUACGCAUAUUCCAAUGAGAACAGCAAAACUUAAAACAGAAUUAAUUGAUGUCGAUCUUGUUCGUGGAUCUUCAUUUCCAAAAGCCAAACCAAAGCAUGGCUUGUCAACAGUAGCUUGUCUAGCGUUUCAGCGACUAUUGUUUCUUCCUUUAUAUAAAAAAUGGUGGAUACAGCAAACAAGUUAUCGCAUCUUCCUGUUUUUUUUAUUACUAUAUAGCUUGCAAGUGAUCAAUCUCUCUUUGUAUUACAUUUAUACAAAUAGAGAAAAUGAAGCAGAAAUUGUAUCUAUGUCAGAAGUAUUAGUACCUGUCGUUAUGAUGUUUGUUCUAUGUAUUGUUCAUUCCCAUAUUGUAUCAACACAUUCAGGUCCUACUAUGCUAUGUAAUCAAUCUAGACAACGAAUAACGAGACGCUCUCGACAUGUCAGAUGCAGAAACGGAAAGUCCAGGCAUAGACAAAAUUUACGAAUACACAAGGAUUCAAAAUCUUCUCAAGAUAUUGUGUCUGAGAAGGCAAGUACAGGAAGUGAAGAAGUAUUCACUGCAGUAAGAUUUGCUAAAAAAGUGGUGAUUGAGAAUUCUUCAAUUAUUAAUCAGGCUCAAGAAUCUGCAAAUGCUCAAAUAGUAUUUGACAAAGAGGCAAUAAGUACAACUGGAGAGAAUUCCAAUUCUCCAAAUGAAACCUCAGCUAAUCAUGAACAGCCAGAUAAUAUACCAGAAGAACAUGUGGCUAAUAUACAUCAAGAUGACGAUGGCUUUGAGAGUUUAAAUGGUAAUGUUUCUAGUGAUAAUGACAAAGUAAUAGGCCGUGGAAUGGUGCAAGGAAAUAGAUCACGGCAAGGUGUAGCGCAACAAAAUAAAGACCGCAUGUCAUGGUCGGAAGAUAGCACCAGUCAACAAGUUUCACUCCCACCAAAAUGCUCAGCACCCGACCCAUUAAAAAAUGAUGACAAGUUUACGGAUAGUAAAAGCAAUAUUCACAACAGUAUUGAGGAGAAAAAUGCGCCAUCAAAAGUAUUGGGCUCAAGAGAGGCACGGCAGCAGUGUGAAAGUGAGGAAGAAGGCGAGUGCGAGGAAGCUACAACGCAUCAUCUCACAGAGGCAACAACUUCAGCUACAGAAUGGAUGGGAGUAACAACCAAUAGCGACGACUGUAGUUACAGCUCAGAACUCGGUGAAUCUGAUUUAGCCAGUGAGACUAAUCUUAAUUAUGGAGAAUUUGUGGAACAUCCUUUUUCUUGGGAAUUUGAAUUGCCACCUUCUAUAUUACUGAAUUCUACUUGUACAUCAUCUGAUCGUGUUUCAUGUACGAUUUGGACGCGACGUGAUAUCAAGAAAGCCGAGUUAUCAGUGUUGGACAUCAGUUCAGCAAUCAUCGCCAGAGUCGAAUCUAUGCCGGAGAGUAUGAAUUAUUUUUAUGGUGGUCUGAUACUUAGUAUCGCAUUAUGUCUAAUACCGUCAAUAAAACGACUGAGCGAUCAUAUAGGAUCAGAUAACAUUAGUAAUGUGUCUGUCAGCUUAUUACCAAGUGAUAUGAUUCAAGUAAACUUGGAAACUUAUACCGAUGUUUUGUGUAGAAUAAUUGGUAUAGCAUUUGGAAGCACUUUCUGGGAACGAACACUGGUAAUUAUUUCGACGUUCGAGCGACUUAUGCUGUCAUGCUUUUUAUUUUUCUUACUCGCAGUCGCGGAACGCACAUACAAGCAGAGACUUCUAUACGCUAAGUUAUUCUCUCAUUUAACGUCUUCUAGACGUGCGCAAAAAUCCGAUUUACCACAUUUUCGCUUGAACAAAGUGCGCAACAUAAAAACAUGGCUGAGCGUUAGAUCUUACCUAAAACGAAGAGGUCCGCAACGAUCUGUGGACGUUAUUGUAUCAGCGGUAUUUAUCGUUACGAUAUUAUUGUUAUCAUUCGUAAGUUUGGAAUUGAUUAAAGAUCUUGAAAGUCUGCACUCGCGAUAUAAUGUCGAAGCAUUAUUUUGGAGCUUCUCACUUGGAAUAUUUAUAUUACGAUUUAUGACAUUAGGAACAAAAAUCAACAAGAAGUACAGAAAUCUUUCGGUUUUGAUAACCGAGCAAAUUAAUUUAUAUUUGCAAAUUGAGCAAAAGCCGCAUAAGAAAGAAGAACUUAUGGUCGCGAAUAGCGUAUUGAAAUUAGCAGCUGACUUGAUAAAGGAAUUAGAGAGUCCAUUCAAGAUCUCUGGGCUCUCAGCUAAUCCAUAUCUAUAUACUAUUACUAAAGUAGUAUUACUAUCAGCACUCUCGGGAGUACUGUCGGAACUGCUCGGUUUCAAACUCAAGCUGCAUAAAAUAAAAAUAAAAUAAAGCAAUAUAAGAUAUAAAAUUAAACAAAGGAAACUAUAUAAUAAAAUUUAAUGAACGUUUACUGAAAGAUAAAUUAUAUGUAUAUAAUUUCAAGUUUAAUAUAUUUGAAAAAAAAAUGAGUUUAUUAUAACUAUCUUCCUAAAGUUGGAAGAUUAUUGAAUUAAUAAAAUAGUAAAUAUAUUUAAUUACAUAUUAAAUUGAUUUCUUAGUCAACUAAUUUAUUAAACUAAUUUAAUUUAACACUAAAGAAAUAGAUGGAUUUUUAGUCAUGACUGACAAGGCAAUACAUUUAUUGUGUGCUAUCAAAACAUUAACUAGCCUAUAACUCUCUUUUUGAGGUAGAAUAGUAGUGAUCAUACUGUCACUUAAUGGCAUUAUAGCUUGAUAUAAUGUUUAAUAUGAAGUGUAUAAAAAAAUAAUUCUUAUACUUAACAAAAUGUACAAAAUAUUUAAAUUGUUUAAAUAAUGUACAGUGUAAAUAGUAAAAAUAACAAUGAUAAGAGCUCGAAAAAUUACCUAGAGAAUAUUUUUAAAAAAUUGUUUUAUAUUUUCAAAUCAUUAACAUUUUUUUAAAUAUUUAUAUAUUUUUUUUGUUUAUUCUUACUAUUCUAAAUCUUAUAAUAAAAUUAUAUUAUCUAAUUUUAUAGUAAUAUUGUUAUGAAUGAAAAAAGUUCUAUUUUCUAUAUUUUCUUGUAUUUGUUUUGUAGUUUAACUUAUCAGAGUUGGUAAUAUCUAUUCAGGCGAGCAUAUUUGUCGAUAUGUUAAUAAUAUGAUUAUGUUAAUAAUAUACAGUCUAAUCAGACAAUUAUAUCACAUAUAUCAUUUAAGACAACAUACAAUUUGAAUAUUUGUGAUCUGUUUUAACAAAUAUUUUAGGACAUAUUUAAAAUAUAUAUGUAUAAUUAUAUGUUUCAAGAAUAUAUAUAAAAGUUGAGAAAAGAA